GACAAGGUGAUCCUAUGUCCCCACUCCUAUUUGUUUUAUGUUUGGAAUAUUUGUCAAGGUUGUUAAACUUGAGAACUACAUCUGAUUUUAACUUUCAUCCCAAGUGUGGUAGCUUAAAGAUUUCACAUCUUGCCUAUGCUGAUGACCUUAUGUUGUUUUGUAGAGGUGAUACAUAUUCUGUUAAAGUUUUGAUUGAUGCAUUGAAUGAGUUUGGGGAGGUAUCAGGGUUAAGAGUUAACUUUGACAAAUCUAAUAUUUUCUUGGGAGGUGUUAGAGACCAUGACCUUACGGCCAUACUUGACUUGGUGGACUUCAAAGUUGGAGCCUUCCCUGUCAAGUACCUCGACAUUCCCCUCUCCCCCCUUAAACUAGCUAUAGCUGAAUAUGCCCCCCUUUUGGAAAAGAUCUCUGAUUAUCUCAGCUCAUGGAACACCAAGACUUUGUCAUAUGCUGGUAGAACUGAAUUGAUUAAAUCUGUUAUUCAGGGAGUACAUUCUUUUUGGUUACAGGUGUUUCCUAUACCCCAAGCCAUCCUUGAUAGAGUGGUCUCAAUUUGUCGUAUUUUCUUUUGGGGAUGCAAAUUUGCCAGAGUUGCUUGGGCAGAUAUGUGUCUCCCAAAGGAGGAGGGGGGCUUGGGUAUAAGACAUACUAAAACUUGGAAUAAUGCUUUAAUCUCUAAGACCCUUUGGGAUAUUCACCUUAAACGAGACACACUUUGGGUGAAAUGGGUGCAUGGAGUCUAUCUUAAAGGUAGAUGUGUGUGGGAAUUUUCCCCACACACUAGGGACUCCCAGCUUACUAAGAAGCUAGGGCUGAUCCGAGACAUCCUUGUCUCAAAAUAUGACUCCAUUGAGACCACAGUAGCAGCCCUCUCUAAGAUGGUUACAAAUGGGAAACUGUGCUCUUCAAAUGUGUAUGACUUGAUUAGAGUUAAGGGCACUAAACAGGUGUGGAUGCCCUUUAUUUGGAAAGCUUACAUACCUCCUAAGUUCUCAUUCAUUGCAUGGCUUGCCUUCCGCAACCGCCUUGCAACGUAUGAUAAUCUUAGUAGGCUUGAUGUGAUUAACAUUUGUCCAUUUUGCAAGGGUGAACCGGAGACGGUGCCACACCUUUUCUUUGGUUGUCAAUUUACAGGCACAGUUUGGAGCAAAGUAAGAGCAUGGAUUGGAAUACCUAGACAAAUGUCUACUCUGGAAAGCUCAGUUAAGUGGAUUAGGAAGGAGCAUGCAGGUGCGGG